UGCCACGUCAGUAUGCAGUGCAGUAGUCCCCACAAACGAAGCAUGAAGUGAAAGAAGGACUCAUGUAACUUCCUCUUUUCCUUUUCUUCUCUUUUUCUCGGUUCCCAAACAGCACCCCUUUUUCUUUCCCAUUAAAGUUCGAGAAAAUCAAAUCAAAUUAAUGGAGUCCCAAACUCAAACCAACCCCAAUCACAAUCACUCCCAGCAAACCAAACGAGCCAUGAAGAAAUCGUCAUCAAGAAACUCGGACACAUCCCAAUUAGACUCACCCCACUCCCCUCUCCGAUUCCACUCCCCUCUCCGAUCGGAUGCGGGUGAUCCACCCGAAAGUCCUCCCUACGAGUCUCCGGAUAACUCGCCGGAAAAGCCACAAGAUAACUCCAAAGCCAUCGUCCCUGUCGAGAAGGUCAAUCACUAUCAGGAUAAUCACCACUCGCUGCGACAGUCUACUACUGCUGAUAAUCGUCAACAGGUCGCCAGCCACCAACUGAAGAAACAGCAGCCGAAUGCAACCGUGCAGCCAACGACGGUGAUCAAUAGAGCGACGAGGGAAGAGGCUCCUCAGUCGGUUGCCAAGGUUGGACCCGUCGCCGGAGCCAGUGGUGGCGAAAAUGGAAGCGGCGGCGGAGGUAGGCGAUCGACGGGGAGGAGGUCGACGAAGGAGGAUAUGUUGAAGAGUGCGGCCUUAGGGUUUCGGGUGAGUGAAGUCAUUCUCUGCUUGAUUUCCUUCUCGGUUAUGGCUGCCGAUAAAACUCAGGGCUGGAGCGGCGACUCCUUUGAUCGAUACAAAGAGUACAGGUAUUGCUUAUCGGUGAAUGUUAUUGCAUUUGCAUAUGCGUUAUUUCAAACCUAUGAUCUAUCGUACCAUCUUUCAACCGGUAAACACGUGAUCCGCCACCACCUUCGUCGUCACUUCGAGUUUUUCAUGGAUCAGAUAUUAGCAUAUCUUCUCAUAUCGGCAUCAUCAUCGGCUGCUACUCGUGUGGAUGAUUGGCAAUCAAACUGGGGAAAAGAUGAGUUCACUGAGAUGGCAAGUGCUUCAGUGGGGAUGGCAUUUUUAGCUUUUGGUGCCUUUGCCAUCAGUUCCAUCAUCUCCGGUUACAACCUUUGGACCGACUGAGAACUCGGUGUGAUAUAUGUUCUUGUAAGCAGUCGCCUGUAGUUUUUCUCAGUUUAUAUGUUGGGGGAAUAACUCAAAAAGAAUGUGGAUGAAAAUAUAAAAUCUAUAUAUAUAUAUAUUCCUUUUUAUUGUUGUACAGAAAUAGAUCUAAUAUUAAUGUUUCUUCCAUUGAAACAGAAGAGAAAAUGAAAAAUUAUAUUUGAAUUUUUAUAAACUAUUUUGUGAAA